GUGAUAUAAGCAGUCGAAGUUUGUGCGUACUGGGAUGGCAUUAUGAUGCCGAUGAGCAGUGGAAACCCACUACUGGGGGUCGAUUCACGCUGGGUAUUUCCACGAUCUUUUGAAACAUGGGGACUGGGGGUGUCCACUGAACAACCGAAAGAUCCAAAUCGACAAAAAUCUUCGUACAAGACAUCAAGAUGCACAAGAUAGCAGACGUACGAUACCCCUCCUGAUAACUAUCUCACCUUCUUAGAAACUUCUUCUAACGAUGCAUUACAUCAUCAGCGUCUUCAUACAUGUACUUCUGGGUGUUGGCCUGCUGUUGCGCCCCGUUUUGGCAUUGCAACAAUCCACGCCAAGAUGGCAACCUCUUCCGGAAGUGCCGCGACGCCAAGUGUUGACCUCUGCCGUUGGCGCUGCAUCUGCCGGUCUCUUAUUACCCGCUGCCAAGGCAAGCCCCAUACUAGCAGGCCCACGCUCUGUCAUUGCCGUCGAUUCUCAUUUGAGCAUUCCAGUCUGGCCCUCGUGGGCAGGAGGCCGCGUUGUCCCAGUUUCCCUGGGAGGACCUCUGCAAGAUCCUUUUCUGUUGUUGGCCCACCACAAGCACUGGUUUGAUCCCAAAGAUCCACUACGGCAACCCUUCCAACAAGCUGGAAAAUUGUUGGGAUUGCCGUAUGUGGAUGUAGAAGGCUUCAAGCUUCACCCCCAUCGCGGCUUUGACAUUUGGACGUAUGUUUUGGAUGGAAGCGAUGGCUUUCGUCAUCGAGACAGCUUGGGUGAGUCUCCGCGAGUCUAUCGAGGAGGGUCGGCCCAGUGGAUGCGAACGGGAUCGGGGGUAAUGCACGAAGAAUAUUGGGAAACUCGACCGGACAGAAGAACCAAUAUUGAACUAUUUCAGCUAUGGGUCAAUUUAGGCUCCAAACAAAAGAUGGAUCCUCCGGCCAUUCGGUAUUUGGGACAAGACACUACUACGCUGUGGACCGAGAAACACACAGUUUCCAAAGGGAGUGGGUGGGUCCGUGAUUUGACAUCUACCUUGAACACAGUCAUAGACGAGCCAGCUACCAGUACAGACUUUGAUGGCCAAGGAAUGGCCCGAGGACGUCCUCCACUGGAGAUUCUUCACGUCAAGUUGGAUCCAGGUAGCGAAUUUACCUGGGAGACGACACUCAACGUGGUGCUCUAUGUGCGAGAAGGCGCAGCACAACUAAAAGAUGUGGCUGGUAACAUGGUUCCUGUCGAGGCACUCCAAACAGCAACCUUUUCUCACAAUGGAGACUUUGUCACCAUCCGCAACCAAAAGGAGAGGCAAACACUCGACUUUUUGUUGCUCUCAGCACAGCCCCUGAGGGAGCAAGCGAUACAAGCGGGUCCCAUAGUCAUGAACACGGAGGAGGAAAUCAAUGUUGCUUAUCAACAGCUACAAGAGGGGACGUUCUUGAAUCGAGACUAUGUCUUGAAACAACAUGAACAAAAGAGACGUGCUUGAUGAGAAGACGCAAGCUUUGUUUGGACAAUGGCAAGAGGUAAGCAACAGUGACAGUGCUCCCUGGUGCUUCUGGGGCGUUGGUUACUGGACACGAAUCUUGCAUAAACAAAGAUGCAUGUUCGAAUACUGGUAUUCAAAGAAGCAACAGAGCGUUGAAACCAGUUCUUUUCCAAGUGAGUUUUCUGCCUUGAAGACUGAUAUUGAAAUGUCUGUUGGAUUGAGAUACCAGCUCAAGAUGGUGGGCGUGCCUUUGGAUGGAACGAUUGUUAUGUUGGCUGAGAACUUACAUGUCUCUCAUCAAGAACGCGUGCAACCCUGACAGUGUCGCUCCUGAAGAAGAAAUCGGUGUCAGUGGCAUCCGGUGCUGGUACCAUUACACCCGAGAGUCGAGUCAUCCGCUUGGGCACCACUGUGGUGGUUUACGUACCAAGUGAAAAGAACCUCAGCGACAUCUAUCUGCUACCCAGCUGCAACUGUGAAAGUACGUUAACUUUUUAUUCGCUCAUUAGUGCAAAUACCGUAGCUGCGCAAGUAGAAAACCAGCCCA